CCUGCCCAGCGACGAGGAGGAUGUCGAGAGUGAAGACGAGUUUGCGCCCCCCCUUCUCCCCUCCCCCCCCCCGCGCGCGCUGCCCCAAUCUGCUCAAUUACAAAUUCACUUGCUUACCGCGCGGCGUGUAAAAAAAGGUACCAGGAAACAGCCUCGGAAGCCUCGGUCUCCGAAUCCGAAGAGGAGAAGACUGCCGCCGCGACGCGGCCGAAGCGGCGGCGCGUGGAGAAGCCGGUAGCUGCUGAUAGUGAGGAGGAGGAGGAUGAGGACCAGGACGAAAAAGACGAGGGGGAGGAGGAAGUGGAAGAGGAGGGGGAGGAUGCGGGGAGCGACGUUGAGGAGGGGGAUGAUGGCAUGUUUUUCUCCCCGGUCUUGAACGAACCAACCCAGUGAGAGGUGUGUGUGAGUGUUGACGACGGACGAUAUACAGAUCCGGAUCUUCCUGAGGAGUCCGCCAAGGUCUCGAAGGCGCAGGAUGCCAAGAAGUCCAAAGCUGCUGCUGCUGCUGCUGCCAGCGAUGACGAGGAGGACGAGGAGGAGGAAGAUGACGACGAAGCUGCUGCGCCCGCGGCUGCUGCCGUCAAGAAAUAGAUUUGUUUCGUCAGAAGUGAAUCUAUGUCGAUGUUCUGGAUCUGGAUCUGGAGAUAUGCGUGUAUGUAGCGCAAUUGGAUUUUGUCAGAAAGCCAUAAUGUACCGGUACUCUACUAGUAUUUUGAUUGACGUUGAAGUUGAUGAUGCGAUCCAUCGCUAGCUCGAGCUGUGGAGUAGAUAUGAACUAGCUUCUAGCGUGAA